AUGUCGGGCACGGCUGCUCUCGACGAGUUGACCCCGCACAUUGACAUAGAAGACUUUUUUGCCAACAUCGUGGAAGCGACAGACUCCGCGGGCUGGGUCAAUGUCCAAAAGACCUUUCCGGAGAGUCCGGACUGCUCGGAGCACGACGGCCGCAUUUGCCACAAGUUCUCCACUUGUGGGUCAUGCAUGACACGGCUGCAGUUUGUGGUCAACACACCACUCGAAGCCUCCUCUCUGCUAACCCGGCCAGAAGCUUUCAGCCAGCCCGUCGUGCGCGUGUCGGGGUUCGUCCGUGCCGAGUGGCUAGAGCAAGUCGGCCCCGGCGAUGCCAUCGUUCGCAUCAGCCAAGAGGAUGGGCAACAGCCACUGCGAGCAUGCUCCAUGCGGCGUAUAUUGGAAAGCCCCUCCUGCCUUCAAGCAGAGGCCAAGGAGUCAGUGGACUGGGAUGCUUACUUCGCGCGAAUGGUUGUACGGAGAGACAUUCCCUCACCUGGCAUGGCAGCGAUGUUGGUGUUGCCUCUGGGCAGGCGUCACACCGCUCUAUUUCAGGUCGGUCCAGUUCGGGCCUAUGCACUCACUGUGCAUCCACAUACUGAGCCUGGAAAGGUGGUUGUGUCUAACGUCAUCUUCCUCCCCUUUGCCACCUAUCCUGUGUGGGCCACCACGCAUCUUUCUAGACUUGCCAAGCUGGAAAAAGAUCGCUUCGAGAAGCACUUGCAGGAACGGGAUCUGCCGAAGCUUCACGAACUGGACAGGUCGUACUACACCAUCUUGCACCUCAGAAACUGUAAUCGCGGACCGCCGCUACUUCCGUUUUCCCCCAGCACCGUGCCUCAGCGUCGUUUGGACGAGAGCUGGGUGCUUGUCACUGAUGACCAGGGGAUCGACUCCUACUGGAUGAGGUGGAAUACUCCGGACUUUAAUUUCUAUUUGUACCUCGGGGAGUUCUUGCAUCGAAACAACAUCCAGCUCAAACUGUAUGGGGAGUUGAACGGGAGGCCGCUGGUGCCCUAUCAAGUUGCAGUGCGGACGCAGGAUUGGUCGCUCUGCAAGGACCAGAUCCAUUCAGCUUUCCACAACCAGCAAAGGGCUUACAGGCGUCUGAACGGAGGAGUUGCUGCUCCCAGGAUAGGGGAAGCUCCUGAAGCUCGCUUCCAGCUGCGAGCUCCACAUGCCAAGAAGCCUUGCUUCGCAUCCCCGAGCACCGACGUGGUGGUGCGACGGACUUUUCUAAACGAGCUGGAGCCUGCAGAGGCCGAGGUCUGCGAAUGCGGCUCUCGUCAAGGAUGGAUGCCGGCACGCAACGCAGUUGGCGGAGUGUUGAUAAGAUCAUCUACGGCCCAUUUCUAA